AUGCCCACAUGCUUCAAAUGUGGCACUGAUGCCAUUGAUGGAGAGAUUGCGGUAUGGUGCAAAGGAACGUGGAAAUUCUUUCAAAGACUGACUCAGGUCCUCGAAGGUCAAGUUGAGCCGCGCCACAUUUAUUGCUCAGGCUGCUGGUUGGUAUGCUCGAUCAAUGACCUGGAUCGCAAAAGAAAGCAUCCGGAGAGUGUGACUAACAAUCAGCUUACACCGCCUGCACGUCAUGGCUCGGGCUGUGGCAAUAGCCGGGGGCAUCCCGACAGUUCCAACUGCACAGCGCGGAAUGGAGCUUGCAGUGCGGCUGCCGUGCGCAAUCUUCUGAACGUCCAAACGCUAUCCAAUUUUGCGACAGAUGACUGCAAGGACUCUGAAUUUGAGCUUGUGUGGGAGUAUUUGGACAGUGAUCGUGGUGCAAAUGCAGCGAACCGAAACCAGAACUGGCAACCAAUGACAAAGGCUAUGAAUGACCUCCUCGAGAAGCGCUGGGCCGACGGGUGGGAUCAAAGCCCUGAUUCGGACGACACCUUCUAUGUCCGGGGGACGGGCUUUGAUUAUUGUAUUGACAGCCGCUGCAUGCUUCAGAAGAAUAUGUCGACCGGCCGCAUACGACAGAUCAGACGGGUUGCUGCCAGAGCGGAUGCAACGAGGAAGGCUGCUGAGGUGAAGCAGCUGAUGCAGGAGAAAGAAGACUUGAUCGCAACAGUAGCAAAGAUGAAGCAGCUCUUUCAGGAGAAAGAAGACUUGAGCGCGAAAGUAGCAAAGCUGGAGCAGGAGAAGAAAGCCCUGGAAGCUUCGCAGGCAGGCCACGCGACGCAGAUGAUGGCGCAAGAAGCUUGGCGGGUCAGUCGCCAGCUGCGGGCAAAGAUCUGCAUCCAGUUGAAUCAUCGUGAUGCAGUUUUCGCCAGCAUCCAGAAAGCUCUGCUUGAGGCAUGGCCUUCCCAUCACAUUGGGGAUUGUUUGCGCAUGAACCGUUUCAGUGUCAUUGGCCUCCAGCAGGUUUGCAACACCAGCAUUUGGAAGGACUACGAAUACCGGAAGGAGCAAGUGCGGAAAGAGCUGGAAGGCCGUCACAGCAUCCCGAGAGUGACCAGUACCCUACCACGUGAGGUGUGCAGUUGGGCAGACCUGGAUGAAAAGAUCAAUGAAGUUUUGGUCAUCCAUGGCACCACACUAGACAAGACAGAGCAGAUUGCAGCUUUCGGAUUUGACGAACGUCUCGCUCGUGAGAAAGGAUUGUAUGGACAAGGAGUCUACUUUACAGACCAAAGUUGCAAAGCUCUGCAGUAUUCAGGGGCAUCCAAAGGGAAAGGCUCGGGGAAAGACCCGGGGGAAGGUUACUUCAUCAUUGCUCGUGUGAUCCUUGGACACUCGAUGGAAGCUGAAGGGCCUUUGCAGAAGACGAAGGUGGAACCUCCGGUGGACCCAGGCGAUCCGUCAAAAGGUCGCUUCCAUUCUGUUAUCGCUCAAAAAGGGGUUCCUAUCGACGCGUUGCGACGACAGAUACAUCGAGAGUUCGUCAUUUUCAAUGGAGCUCACGCCUAUCCAGAAAUGAUUGUUCAUUUUAAGUUUUCCUAG